AUGCAUGGACUUUUAAGGUCCUUAGCAGUUUACUUGGUAGAGGAGGAAAGUGUUUCUAUUAGCAACGGGGAAAGACUAGAACGACCAAAUUCUUUGACAAAAAUUCGUCACCUGUCAGUAUCAGACAUGGGUGAGGAGGUUGCAGUUCCUGAAGAGGUAGUCACUCAGAAUUGUUUGCGCACUUUACUUGUCUGGAACAGUUUGAAGACGAAGAGGAUUCGGGCUGACCUAUUUGAAAAGCUGGGCCAACUAAGGGUUCUAUGUUUUUCUAACACUGAGAUUGAUAGAAUUCCAGAUUCCUUGGGAAAUCUGAUACAGUUGAGGUACUUGGAUCUGGAUCGGACAAAUGUUCUGUCAUUGCCAGAGUCAAUUGGAUGCCUCAGAAACUUGGAAAUUUUAAAUCUUCAUUGCUGUAGAUUUUUGCUCUACCUUCCUGACGCCAUCACAAAGUUGCAGAAUCUAAGAUGUCUUCGUGUGGGAGGAACUCCUCUAAAUCAUUUACCCAAAGGAAUUGGGAACUUGACAAAAAUCAACCAUCUUAAUGGCUUUCUGAUAGGCCAUGAACGAGAUACACAAGGCCAAGUCGAAGACUGUGCAUUAGAUGAUCUGCAGUCACUUAACGACCUGAGGUUUUUGUAUGUGGCGGCAUUAAAGAGGGCUCGCAGAGGAUCUUUGGCACUUGCUAACAAAACCCUUCUUAAAUAUUUGCAGCUAAGUUGGCUGCCUCCUUGUGUGAAGGCUGAUCUCACACUAUGUGGGAACCAGAUAGCAGAGGAUUUUGCAGAGAGUUUAAGUGAGCUUUUUCCUCCUUCAAGCUUAGAAUGUUUUACAGAGGAAGAGAACCAGAGGAAUGUGAGGCUCUUUAGUGAGCUGUCUCUGCCAUCAAGCCUAGAGGGCCUUUCAAUCUGCCAUUUUCUUGGUCAGGAAUUGCCAAAAUGCAUGGACAGAUGCAUGCCGAUGUCUUUCCCCAAUCUGCAAAUUCUCGGCCUUCAUUGUUUCUUAUUGUGUACACAGCUUCCUGUACUAGGCCAGUUACCCCAGUUGAAGGUUCUUUCCAUAGCAAGAGCUGACGCAAUACUUACCGUUGGACCGGAACUUCUCUACGGUCAAUCACCGUUGACGACACUAGUAGCAUUCCCCAAACUUGAAUAUCUGGAAUUCAUGAUAAUGCCCAACUGGGAACAAUGGUCGUUCGGUGAGACUGAGACUGCAAAAGCACAAGAGCUGCAACUAUUGCCUUCUCUGAAACGACUGUGUGUCGUAGACUGCCCAAAGCUGAAAGCUCUUCCUGACGGUCUGCAUCACGCAACCAACCUAGAAGAAUUGAGGAUCUAUGGUGCACACGAGCUAGGGGAAGUGAAGAACCUCCCAUCCUUAACGACUGAGCUUUUCCUCAGGGACAACAAGAAACUAGAAAAAGUGUCCAACCUUCCCAUGUUGAAAUCACUGAUCGUUGGAUCUUGCCCGCUGCUGAAACAAGUGGAUAGUUUGAGUGCAUUAGAAAAGCUUGAGCUACAACAAAAUUCUUCCCGGAGACUACCGGAAAGCCUUGGUACGCAAGAAGAUCCCCUCCCAGUUUGGCUACCCGAACUGCUUGAGCAGCACAUGAAGGGUUAUGCUGCAUCAGGAGUGUUGCUUGUCUACUGCAGCUUUUCGCUGCUUUGUAGCUGCUGCAAGGACGGCCCAUACUGGCAUACCAUUCAACAGUCGCCCGGAGUGACGAUGAAAUCUCUUGAAGGGCGUGCAUACAUGACGUAUACUAAAAAUCCAUUCAAGUACGAGAGCAAUGCAUCAUUCCAUUGUUAUCAUUUUUCUUCUUUCUGA